GCUGGAGGGCGGGGUGGGAAGCGCGAAUUAGCGAAGGGGGAAGAGAGGCCAUUUUUUUUUUUACAGGGGUUUGGUUGCUGAGGUGCGUGAACUGAAGCGAGGCACUGAAAGAUGGUGAAGGUCUUCGUGGGGAACCUGCCCUCGGAGGCGACGACGGACGAGCUCCAGGCCCUGUUCUCCCAGUAUGGCACGGUCACGGAGUGCGCCAUCAUCAAGAACUACGCCUUCGUGCACAUGGAGGACCGCAAGGCCGCCACCAAGGCCAUCCGCAGCCUGCACCUCUACAAGCUGCACGGCCUGCCCAUCAACGUGGAGGCCAGCCACGGCAAGAACCAGGGCCCCACCAAGCUGCACGUGGCCAACAUCGACAAGGCCUGCACCAGCCAGGAGCUGCGCGCCCUCUUCGAGGAGUACGGCACGGUCACCGAGUGCGACGUGGUGAAGAACUACGCCUUCGUGCACAUGGCCAACUCCGAGGAGGCCACGGACGCCAUCAAGGCGCUGGACAACAUCGACUUCCUGGGCAAACGGAUUCACGUGCAAAUCUCUACGAGUCGCCAGCGAACUGGGGAGGAGGAAGAUGGACAGUACCAGCAGGGGCCGCCAGGGAGGCCAGGGUUCUGGGGCCCCAAAUGGCCCGACCAAAGGCCUGACCCUGGCCCGUCUGGCUUCUACGGAGGCCGAUUCAAUCACCCGCCUGCUUCCUACGGCCACACGUACCCUCCGCCCCCGCCUCCUCCUCCUCCUCCUCCACCCCCUCCCCCGAGAAGGGUGCCCUACCCAGACCGCGCCUCGGCCUACGAGCGAGAGCGGUACGGGGUGGUGGACUACUACGAAAAGUACCGGGCCCGCCCUUACGGCAUCACCUCUUACGAGGAGCGGCGCCUAGGCUCCAUCCCCCCACCUCCGCCCCCUCCCGCUUCCUCGGGCAUAAUGAGGGAGCGCUUGCCCUCCUCCGCCCCAGGUCUCUACGAGCGCCGCCCGCUCCCUCCACCGCCGCCGCCUCCCCCCAACUCCGGGGGCCCGGGCUCGGGCUCCUCGUACUACCCGCGGGACCGCAGCCCCCUCCGGCGGCCGGGCCCGGCCUCGGCGGCCCCCGCGGGGAACGGCUACGCGUACGAGCGCUCCCGCCUCUCCCCGGUGUCGUCGUCGGUGCCCAGGAACCCCGCGUACGGCCUGCCCAGAGCCAGGGACCCCUACGCAGACCGGGCGCCGCCCCCGCCCCCACCGCCACGCUACGCUUACUAACCACACGCGCGCACACACGCGUCCAGACAAGGUUUAUAUUUACCGCGCCGAGAUCGUCGUUCCCUGAUGCACACGCGACGCACUAUCGCCCCCUUGUGUUGAGGCGGACCGCUCUUUUGUUUUUUCCGUUCUCCUGCGGCUCGGAACGGGAAGGAUAGUGGCACCCGCCUGCUCGUCCUUAAAGAUGUUUUUUUGGGGUUUUUUUUUUAAUGUAUAUUUAAAAACUCUCGUUCCCGUUGGCUUCUCGCGAACAUGGUAGACGUUAAUUCUGCCCUCAUCCUCUCUCUCUCUCUCUUGUGUUCAUUCCUUUUUAAGUCGAGAGCUCCUGAGCCGGCCGGCCGGUGCUCUGCUCAGAGGUCAGGGCAGUUCGCUGAGCUUCAUGUAAAACUUGUCCCACUCCUGGUUGAAACCGGGCAUGUCAAAUCUCAGUUCUAGUUUUUACCCACUUUACUUAAUUGGUUAAAGCAACAGCCCUGUGCAACAUGUUGAGCGGGCGUCAAUAUCAAAUCUAAUAAUUUAAGGGAUGCCUCUUCUCCAACGAAAGAUCUAAAAUCAGUGUCAAAUUCAGCACAAUGUUGACCCAGUUAAUUAACUUUCAAAUGGAAUCAAACCUCGGGUUUGACAAGUCUAGUUUUAUACCUUUGGUGCAAGAAAUGUGUUGUUUUUUUUACCUACCUGUUGCGAAAUUGUCAUUUUUUUUUUAUUGUAAGGAGUCGCUUAAACGCCCUGAGAGAGUCAACCAAAGAUCUGAUCGCCUUCGGCCCAGCAGAUAAGCAGGCCUUUCAGUUCUUCAAAGCCGGUGCGAUUCGAUAAGACGGCGACACACAGUGUUCAGCGCGAAAAAAGGCGUUGCAUUUGUCCAAAAGUGCCCGAUGUAGCUCUGAAUUCACGGGGUUUUGCAAAGUCGAGAAAACAACCAGUCACUCGGGAAGCAUCGUUUUCUGAACUGGAUCGUUUGGGGUUGUUUUGCUUUUUUUUUUUGGCUUUAACGUUUUCAGUUUUUAAUAAAAAUGGAUUUAAAACGAAACCGGCUGCGGUUGCGUGCGCCUGACUUAAUUUCCCUUCUGUCUUUCGACCCCCCCCCCCGCCUGAAACAGUUGAGCGAGUGCGGAGGAGCUCAAGACGCUGGCUGUCUCGGUGUUCAAAUCCGAAAAGAAAAGGGGCGAUUUUUCUCAUUUUCAAAUAUUGGCAGGUUUAUUUCAGCGCAGCCUGCGGCGUGCCGAGAAAAGUGAAUUUUAGCGUCUCCCGUCAUCAUGAAUCCCCUCUUUGUCCCGCACUGAGCUGCGUCGCUGUCAGUCCCUUGAUUUCUCUUAAAUUGCUUAAUGACUCCAUCCUCCAAUGACGCAAACUCGUGCUCGCCCCGACUUGGCAGCACAUCCCAGCGACGCCUCCGACGAGCUGUUUAAAAAAAAAAAUGCCCGUCGUCACACGUGGGGGGGGCGGGGGUGGGGAGGGCUAAUCUAUUAAAAAGAUCGAUUUUCUCCUCCCUGUUUGCAUGGCCCGAAAAAAAACCCAAACCAAACUUAUCUCCGAGGCACCGAACGCUGCAAAGCCUGGAGCGCUUCUGAGCUGGAAUCAUGGAAGACGGGGACGAAGGUCGCUAGGCUCGAUCUCGGGCUACCGCCCCAUGCGUGGGGGUCCCCUCCAGGAGUGAAUUUCCCUUCGCACGUCAUCACCUGAGCCCACCCCGCGUCUCCGACAGCCGGCAAAACUGGAGCUGGAGAGGGAUGCAGGAAUCUGCCUGGGGCAUUCUGGGAUCGUUUGCAAGACGAUGUUUUUCUGCAAUUUUAUAGUUUUGUUUUUAAAGCCAGUUUCUGGUUAGGAAUUUUUACAAAUUUCUGAAAGUUUGUUUAACAGAGACCUACCAGUCUUAGUUAGGACAAAAGUAUUCAGACCCUUGACCAAUUCUCUCAUCUUACUGAAUUACACAUCCUACAUUGAAA